AAGCAGGGACUUGCUCUUCUCCUUGUAAUGACAUAGUUCUGCAAUCCAGGAAACAGUCCUGCAUGGUGUCCAUGUCCACGAUUUCCUGAUGUGGGAAAAACGUGUGGAAAGCAUCUGGAGAGGAGGAGACCCCCUUUACCAGCUUGUUUCCUGUUCUGUGACUGGCUGCCACGUAAUCUUUUCUUUGUGCAAUCAUAACUACCUGCACAGGCACUCAAGCAAUCAUCAGCAAAGAUGCUUCUUCUUUCAGGGACAAAGAAAUGCUGCUUAUAGUAUAGUUUGGCCAGACGUGGUUUCUCCAGCUCACCAAGUUCCUAAGCACAUAAAGAAGCCAGACUAUGUGACGACAGGCAUUGUACCAGACUGGGGAGACGACAUAGAAAUUAAGAAUGAAGAUCAGAUUCAAGGGCUUCGUCAAGCUUGUCAGUUGGCCCGUCAUGUCCUGCUUCUGGCUGGAAAGGGCUUAAAGGUUGGCAUGACAACUGAAGAAAUAGAUUCCAUUGUUCAUCAUGAAAUAAUCAGACAGAAUGCCUAUCCAUCACCUCUGGGCUAUGGAGGUUUUCCAAAAUCUGUUUGUACUUCUGUAAACAACGUGGUAUGUCAUGGUAUUCCUGACAGUCGACCUCUUCAGGAUGGAGAUAUUAUCAACAUUGAUGUCACAGUGUAUUACAAUGGCUACCAUGGUGACACUUCUGAAACCUUUUUGGUGGGCAAUGUGGAUAAAUCUGGUAAAAAGUUAGUGGAGGUUGCCAGGAAAUGUAGAGAUGAAGCAAUUGCAGCUUGCAGACCAGGGGCUCCCUUCUCUGUAAUUGGAAACACAAUCAGGGAGGCCUCUUGGUUGAGCUGUCUCAUAUCACUGCGUCCACCAUUGCCUCCACCACUGUUUGAAUGUAGGGAGACCCUGAAAGUGAAGCCUGCAGACAUGAGCUCCCUGGCAUGGCAAGGUGGCUUCCAGGUCUGCCCCUUCUUCGUCGGCCACGGCAUCGGGUCGUACUUUCACGGGCACCCCGAGGUGUGGCACCACGCCAAUGACAGUGAUUUGUUAAUGGAAGAAGGAAUGGCGUUCACAAUAGAGCCAAUAAUAAUGGAAGGAUCCCCUGAAUUUAAGAUUCUGGAGGACAAAUGGACUGCAAUUUCUGUAGACAAUAAAAGAUCUGCACAAUUUGAACAUACCCUGGUGAUUACCUCAGAGGGAGCAGAAAUCCUCACUAAACUGGUGGAAGAAGCCUAAAGAUGGAUCAAGGAGUGGAGAGACUUGCUGGACUUCUGGGAUUUCAAGUUUUACUUGGGACAGAGAAGAGGUUUCUGUGAUUUCUGAGGGGAAUGGCUGUUGCAUAAGUCACUCCAGGGGACAGAAAAAGCAAUUUGAGGGGUUGGCUCUGGACAUAGUUCUUUCUGUGUAUUACCUGGUGAGUAUUUAAUAAAAGUCUUUAGGUUUUUUUGUGA